CUGCAGCCCCUAGGGCACUUAACAGACAGCCCAGAGCUGCAGCAGCCCGGUCAGCCACAGCAGUCGCUGGGGGGCAUGGCCUGGGGGGGCAGCGCCAUCCUGCUGUGCUGAGUUUCCUGGGGACCUUAGAGAGACCUGCAGCCCCCACUUGCAGGGCAAGGUAUGGUCUUCUGGGAGGAGGGCUGGCCCAGAUGUGCGAGGAAGAUCAGGACCUGGGGAGCAGGGUUCUCCGUUCCUGGAUUAGAAGAGCUUGUUGGGUGGUGACGCAAAGCCAGAUGAUUCCUGUCAGAUUUGCGAGGGCCCUGCUUGCUCUGGCUCUCACCUUGCCAGGGAUGCUGUGCACAGAAGGGAAUCCCGGCAGGUCAUCGAUGGGCCGUUGCAGCCUCUUCGGAGAUGACGUUGUCAACACCUUUGAUGGGAGCAUGUACAGCUUUGCAGGCGUCUGCAGUUACCUCCUGGCUGGGGACUGCCAGAAACACUCCUUCUCGCUUAUUGGGGACUUCCAAAAUGGCAAGAGGGUGAGCCUGUCUGUGUACCUUGGGGAGUUUUUUGACAUCCAUUUGCAUAUCAAUGGUACUGCGCUGCAGGGGGGCCGGAGCAUCUCCAUGCCCUAUGCCUCCCAAGGGCUGUAUCUGGAAACUGAGGCUGGCCACUAUAAGCUGUCCAGCGAGGCCUACGGCUUUGUGGCCAGGAUCGAUGGCAGCGGCAACUUUCAAGUCCUGCUAUCAGACAGGUACUUCAACAAGACCUGUGGGCUGUGUGGCAACCUCAACAUCUUCGCCGAAGAUGACUUCAGGACUCAGGAAGGGACCUUGACCUCAGACCCCUAUGACUUUGCCAACUCCUGGGCCCUGAGCAGCGGAGAACAGCGGUGCAGGCGAGCAUCACCUCCCAGCAGCUCUUGCAACAUGUCCUCAGAGGAAGUGCAGAAGGGCCUGUGGGAGCAGUGCCAGCUUCUGAAGAGUGCCUCGGCGUUUGCCCGCUGCCACCCUCUGGUGGACCCUGAGCCUUUCGUGGCCCUGUGUGAGGAGACUCUGUGCACGUGUGCCCAGGGGCCGAGGUGCUCCUGCGCUGCCCUCCUGGAGUACGCCCGGGCCUGUGCCCAGCAGGGAAUGGUGCUGCACGACUGGGCUGACCGCAGCAUCUGCCGACCGGCCUGCCCUGCUGGCAUGGAGUACAAGGAGUGUGUGUCCCCUUGCACCAGAACCUGCCAGAGCCUGCACAUCAAUGAAGUGUGUCAGGAGCAAUGUGUGGAUGGGUGCAGCUGCCCUGAGGGGCAGCUCCUGGACGACGGCCGCUGCGUGCAGCGCGCUGAGUGCUCCUGCGUGCAUUCCGGGAAGCGGUACCCUCCGGGUGCAUCCCUCUCCCAAGACUGCAACACCUGCAUUUGCCGAAAUAGCCUGUGGGUCUGCAGCAACGAAGAGUGCCCAGGAGAGUGUCUCGUCAUAGGACAGUCCCACUUCAAGAGCUUUGACAGCAGGUACUUCACCUUCAGUGGGGUCUGCCAGUACCAGCUGGUCCGGGACUGCCGGGACCACUCCUUCUCCAUCGUCAUUGAGACCAUGCAGUGUGCUGAUGACCCGGAUGCUGUCUGUACUCGCUCCGUCACCAUCCGCCUGCCAAACCUGCACAGCAGCCUGGUGAAGCUGAAGCAUGGGGGCGGUGUGUCCAUGGAUGGACAAGACGUCCAGAUGCCCCUUCAGCAAGGUGACCUCCGUAUCCAGCACACUGUGAUGGCCUCCGUGCGCCUCAGCUAUGGGGAGGACCUGCAGGUGGACUGGGAUGGCCGAGGGAGGCUGCUGGUGAAGCUGUCCCCUGUCUACGCUGGGAGGACCUGUGGCCUGUGUGGCAAUUACAACGGCAACAAGGGCGAUGACUUCCUCACGCCCGCAGGACUGGUGGAGGCCCUGGUGGAGGACUUCGGGAACGCCUGGAAGCUGCACGGGCACUGUGAAGACCUGCAGCGGCAGAGCAGCGACCCGUGUCACCUCAACCCGCGCCUGACCAGAUUUGCCGAGGAGGCGUGUGCCCUCCUGACGUCCUCCAAGUUUGAGGCCUGCCACCACGCCGUGAGUCCUCUGCCCUACCUGCAGAACUGCCGCUAUGACGUCUGCUCCUGCUCCGAUGGCAGGGACUGCCUCUGCAGCGCUGUGGCCAGCUACGCUGCAGCCUGUGCCUGGAGAGGCAUGCGCAUCGCGUGGCGGGAGCCCAGCUUCUGUGCACUGAGCUGCCCGCAGGGCCAGGUGUACCUGCAGUGUGGGACCCCCUGCAACAUGACCUGCCGGUCCCUCUCUUACCCGGACGAGGAAUGCAACGAGGUCUGCCUGGAGGGCUGCUUCUGCCCCCCAGGACUCUACCUGGAUGAGAGGGGGGACUGCGUGCCCAAGGCCCAGUGCCCCUGUUACUAUGAUGGUGAGAUCUUCCAGCCCGAAGACAUCUUCUCAGACCAUCACACCAUGUGUUACUGUGAGGAUGGCUUCAUGCACUGCACCCCGAGUGGAGCCCCAGGCAGCCUGUUGCCGGACGCUGUCCUUGGCAGUCCCCUGUCUCACCGCAGCAAGAGGAGCCUGUCCUGCCGGCCGCCCAUGGUCAAGCUGGUGUGCCCUGCUGACACCCCACGGGCUGAAGGGCUGGAGUGUGCCAAAACCUGCCAGAACUACGAGCUGGAGUGCAUGAGCAUGGGCUGCGUCUCGGGCUGCCUCUGUCCCCCGGGCAUGGUCCGGCAUGAAAACCGGUGUGUGGCCCUGGAAAGGUGUCCCUGCUUCCACCAGGGCCGAGAGUACGCCCCGGGAGACACGCUGAGAAUGGGCUGCAACACAUGUGUCUGUCGGGACAGGAAGUGGAACUGCACGGACCAUGUGUGUGACGCCACGUGCUCUGCCAUUGGCAUGGCCCACUACCUCACCUUUGACGGGCUCAAAUAUAUGUUCCCUGGGGAGUGCCAGUAUGUUUUGGUGCAGGAUUACUGUGGCGGUAACCCUGGGACCUUUCGGAUCCUGGUGGGGAAUGAGGGGUGCAGUUACCCCUCAGUGAAGUGCAAGAAGAGGGUCACCAUCCUGGUGGAAGGAGGAGAGAUUGAACUAUUUGAUGGGGAGGUGAAUGUGAAGAAGCCCAUGAAGGAUGAAACGCACUUUGAGGUGCUGGAGUCUGGCCGGUACGUCAUUCUGCUGCUGAGCAAGGCAAUCUCUGUGGUCUGGGACCACCACCUGGGCAUCUCCGUGUCACUGAAGCAGACAUACCAGGAGCAGGUGUGUGGCCUCUGCGGGAAUUUCGAUGGCAACCAGAACAAUGACUUCACCAGCAGCAGCCUCCAAGUGGAGGAGGACCCCGUGGACUUUGGGAAUUCCUGGAAAGUGAGCCUGCAGUGUGCGGACACCAGGAAAGAGCCGCUGGACUCAUCCCCUGCCUCCUGCCGCAACGACGUCAUGAAGCAGAUGAUGGUGGAUUCCGCCUGCAGAGUCCUCACCAGUGACGCGUUCCAGGACUGCAACAAGCUGGUGGACCCUGAGCCGUUCUUGGAUGUUUGCAUCUAUGACACCUGCUCCUGUGAGUCCAUUGGGGACUGUGCCUGCUUCUGUGACUCCAUUGCUGCCUAUGCCCACGUGUGUGCCCAGCAUGGCAAGGUGGUGACCUGGAGGACGGCCACAUUGUGCCCCCAGAGCUGCGAGGAGAGGAAUCUGCGGGACAGCAGGUACGAGUGUGAGUGGCACUAUGCCAGCUGUGCUCCUGCCUGUCCUGUCACGUGCCAGCACCCUGAGCCCCUGGCAUGCCCCGUGCAGUGUGUGGAAGGCUGCCAUGCACACUGCCCUCCUGGGAAAGUCCUGGAUGAGCUUUUGCAGAGCUGUGUGGACCCUGAGGACUGCCCCACGUGUGAGGCUGCCGGCCGGCGCUUAGCCCCAGGAAAGAAAAUCACCUUGAACCCCAGUGAUCCUGAGCACUGCCAGAUUUGUCACUGUGAUGGCGUCAACCUCACCUGUGAGGCCUGCAGGGAUCCCGGAGGCCUAGUGAUACCGCCCACGGAAGGCCCCGUCAGCUUCACCACCCCGUAUGUGGAGGACACGCCGGAGCCGCCGCUGCACGACGUGUACUGCAGCAAGCUUCUGGACCUGGUCUUCCUGCUCGACGGCUCCUCCAAGCUGUCGGAGGCCGAGUUUGAAGUGCUGAAGGUCUUUGUGGUGGGCAUGAUGGAGCGCCUGCACAUCUCGCAGAAGUGGAUCCGCGUGGCCGUGGUGGAGUACCACGACGGCUCCCACGCCUACAUCCAGCUCAAGGACCGGAAGCGGCCCUCGGAGCUGCGGCGCAUCGCCAGCCAGGUGAAGUACGCGGGCAGCGAGGUGGCCUCCACCAGCGAGGUCUUGAAGUACACGCUGUUCCAAAUCUUUGGCAAGGUCGACCGCCCUGAAGCCUCCCGCAUCGCCCUGCUCCUGAUGGCCAGCCAGGAACCCCCGAAGUUGGCCCGGAACCUGGUCCGCUACAUGCAGGGCCUGAAGAAGAAGAAGGUCAUUGUGAUCCCAGUGGGUAUCGGGCCCCACGCCAGCCUCAAGCAGAUCCGCCUCAUUGAGAAGCAGGCCCCUGAGAACAAGGCCUUUUUGCUCAGCAGUGUGGACGAGCUGGAGCAGUGGAGGGAUGAGAUAAUCAACUACCUCUGUGAUCUUGCCCCCAAAGCUCCGGCCCCUACUCAGCACCCUCCUGUGGCACAAGUCACUGUGGGCCCAGAAGUUGUGGGGGUCUCAUCACCAGGACCCCAGAGGAAAUCCAUGGUUCUGGACGUCGUGUUUGUCCUGGAAGGGUCAGACAAAAUUGGCGAGGCCGACUUCAACAGGAGCAGGGAGUUUAUGGAGGAGGUGAUUCGGCAGAUGGACGUGGGACAGGACGGCACCCACGUCACAGUGCUGCAGUACUCAUACAUGGUGGCCGUGGAGUACAGCUUCAAGGAGGCGCAGUCCAGGGAGGACGUCCUGCGGCGUGUGCGAGGGAUUCGUUUCCAGGGCGGCAACAGGACCAACACUGGGCUGGCCCUGAGGUACCUGUCUGAGCACAGCUUCCUGGCAGGCCAGGGCGACCGGGAGCAGGCACCCAACCUGGUCUACAUGGUCACAGGAAACCCCGCCUCUGACGUGAUCACGCGGAUGCCUGGAGACAUCCAGGUGGUGCCCAUUGGAGUGGGUCCUCAUGCCAAUGUGCAGGAGCUCGAGAGGAUUGGCUGGCCAAACGCCCCCAUCCUCAUCCAGGACUUUGAGAUGCUGCCCCGAGAGGCCCCUGACCUGGUGCUGCAGAGGUGCUGCUCCGGAGAGGGGCUGCGGAUCCCCACCCUCCCCCCUGCCCCAGACUGCAGCCAGCCCCUGGAUGUGGUCCUCCUCCUGGACGGCUCGUCUGGCUUCCCAGAUUCGUACUUUGAUGAAAUGAAGAGUUUUGCCAAGGCUUUCAUUUCAAAAGCCAACUUAGGGCCUCAGCUCACUCGGGUGUCUGUGCUCCAGUAUGGGAGCAUCACCACCAUCGACGUGCCAUGGACGGUGGCCCAGGAGAAAGCCCAUUUACUGACCCUCGUGGACCUCAUGCAGCGGGAGGGAGGCCCCAGCCAAAUCGGGGACGCUUUGGGUUUUGCUGUGCGGUAUGUCACUUCAGAAGUCCAUGGUGCCAGGCCCGGAGCCUCAAAGGCCGUGGUCACCCUCGUCAUGGACGUCUCCACGGAUUUGGUAGAUGCAGCAGCCUAUGCCGCCAGAUCCAACCGAGUGACGGUGUUCCCCAUUGGAAUUGGGGAUCGGUACGAUGAGGCCCAGCUGAGGACCUUGGCGGGCCCAGCGGCCAGCUCCAACGUGAUGAAGCUCCAGCGAAUCGAAGAUCUUCCCACCGUGGUCACCCUCGGAAAUUCCUUCCUCCACAAGCUGUGCUCUGGGUUCGUUAGAGUUUGCAUAGAUGAGGAUGGGAACGAGAAGACGCCUGGGGAUGUCUGGACCUUGCCAGAUCAGUGCCACACAGUGACGUGCCUGCAAGAUGGCCAGACCUUGCUGGAGAGUCAUCGAGUCAACUGCGACCGGGGCCUGAAGCCUUCAUGCCCCAACAGCCAGUCUCCUAUCAAGGUGGAAGAGACCUGCGGCUGCCGCUGGACCUGCCCCUGUGUAUGCAUGGGCAGCUCUACCCGGCACAUUGUGACCUUCGAUGGGCAGGAUUUCAAGCUGACUGGUAGCUGUUCAUACGUCCUAUUUCAAAACAAAGAGCAGGACCUGGAGGUGAUUCUCCAUAAUGGUGCCUGCAUCCCUGGGGCAAGGCAGGCCUGCAUGAAGUCCAUCGAGGUGAAGCAUAAUGGCCUUUCAGUUGAGCUCCACAGUGACAUGGAGGUGGCAGUGAAUGGGAGACUGGUGUCUGCCCCUUACUUGGGUGGGGACAUGGAAGUCAGUGUCUACGGCGCCAUCAUGCAUGAGCUCAGAUUCAACCAUCUUGGCCACAUCUUGACAUUCACUCCCCAAAACAAUGAGUUCCAGUUGCAGCUGAGCCCUAAGACCUUUGCUGCAAAGAUGUAUGGUCUCUGUGGAAUCUGUGAUGAGAACGGGGCCAAUGACUUCAUGCUGAGGGAUGGCACGGUCACCACAGACUGGAAGACACUCGUCCAGGACUGGACUGUGCAGCAGCAGGGGCAGACAUGCCAGUCUCUGCCUGAGGAGCACUGUCCUGUCUCCAGCAGCUCGGACUGCCGGGUCCUCCUCUCUGCACUGUUUGCUGAGUGCCACAGGGUUCUCGCUCCAGCCACGUUUUACAACAUCUGCCAGCAGGACAGUUGCCACCGGGAGCAAGUGUGUGAGGUGAUUGCGUCUUAUGCCCACCUCUGCCGGACUAAUGGGGUCUGCGUGGAUUGGAGGACAGCUGACUUCUGUGCAAUGUCCUGCCCACCACCCCUGGUGUACAACCACUGUGAGCACGGCUGCCCCCGGCACUGUGAAGGCAACACGAGCUCCUGUGGGGACCACCCCUCGGAAGGCUGCUUCUGUCCCCCGCACCAAGUCCUACUGGGAGGCAGCUGUGUCCCUGAGGAGACCUGCACCCAGUGCGUCAGUGAGGAUGGAGUCCGGCGCCAGUUCCUGGAAACCUGGGUCCCGGACCACCAGCCCUGCCAGAUCUGCAUGUGCCUCAGUGGUCGGACGGUCAAUUGCACAUCACAGCCCUGCUCCACGGCCAGAGCUCCCACGUGCGGCCCAUGUGAAGUGGCCCGUCUCCAUCAGAGCGCAGACCAGUGCUGCCCGGAGUAUGAGUGUGUGUGUGACCAGGUGAGCUGUGACCAGUCCCCGGUACCUUUCUGUGAAGGAGGUUUCCAGCUGACACUGACCAAUCCCGGCGAGUGCAAACCCGUCUUCACCUGUGCCUGCAGGAAGGAAGAGUGCAAGAAGACACCCCCGCCCUCCUGCCCUCCGCACCGCACGCCAGCCCUUCGGGAGACCCAGUGCUGUGACCAGUACGAGUGUGCCUGCAACUGCGUCAACUCCACAGUGAGCUGCCCACUGGGCUACCUGGCCUCGACCGUCACCAACGACUGUGAUUGCACCACGACAACCUGCUUCCCUGACAAGGUGUGCGUCCACAGAGGCACCAUCUACCCCGUGGGCCAAUUCUGGGAGGAGGGCUGUGACGUGUGCACCUGCACGGACAUGGAGGACGCGGUAAUGGGCCUGCGCGUGGCCCAGUGCUCUCAGAAGCCCUGCGAGGACAGCUGCCGGGAGGGCUUCACUUACAUCCUCCAUGAAGGUGAAUGCUGUGGGAAGUGUCUGCCGUCUGCCUGUGAGGUGGUGACUGCCUCACCACGCGGGGACUUCCAGUCUCACUGGAAGAACGUUGGGUCUUACUGGUCAUCCCCUGAAAACCCCUGCAUCAUCUAUGAGUGUGUCCAAGUGAAGGAGCAGGUCUUUGUGGAACAGCGGAACGUCUCCUGUCCCCAGCUGGUGGUCCCCAGCUGCCCCGUGGGCUUCCAUCUGAGCUGUAAGACCUCAGAGUGUUGCCCUGCCUGUCACUGUGAGCCCGUGGAGGCCUGCGUGUUCAAUGGCACCAUCAUCGCGCCCGGAAGGAGCCUGAUGAUCGACGUGUGCACCACUUGCCACUGCACUGUCCAGGUGGGGGUCAUCUCUGGGUUCAAGCUGGAGUGCAGGAAGACCACCUGCCAGGACUGCCCCCAGGGUUACAAGGAAGAGAAGGUCCAAGGUGAUUGCUGCGGGAGGUGUCUGCCCAUGAUGUGCACCGUCCAGCUGAGAGGAGGCCAGAGCAUGACUCUGAAGCACGGCGAGACAAUCCAGGAUGGCUGUGACAGUCACUUCUGCAAAGUCAAUGAGAGAGGGGAGUACAUCUGGGAGAAGAGGGUCACCGGCUGCCCGCCCUUUGAUCAGCACAAAUGUCUGGCCGAGGGAGGGAAAGUCCUGAAAAUUCCUGGCACCUGCUGUGACACAUGCGAGGAGCUGGAAUGCAAGGACAUCACGGCCAGGCUGCAGUACGUCAAAGUGGGGGACUGUAAGUCCGAGGAGAUAGUGGACAUCCAUUACUGCGAGGGCAAAUGUGCCAGCAAAGCCUUGUACUCCAUCGACACGGAGGACGUGCAGGACCAGUGCUCCUGCUGCUCGCCCACGCAGACAGAGCCCAUGCGGGUGCCCCUGCGCUGUGCCAACGGCUCUAUCGUCCACCACGAGGUCCUCAAUGCCCUGCACUGCAAGUGCUCCCCCAGGAAGUGCAGCAAGUGAGGGCCCUGCCGCCGGCCCGGACACCCACCAUUGCCCGCCUCAGCCUUGCUGGCCUGGAGUGCUGCCCCAUCCUCCGCGUGCUCUGCUCCUGUGCCCUCCCAGACCUGCAAUAAAGGCCAGUUUCUCAUCUGGCAAAAGGC